AAAAAAAGUUUGACUUGAACCAGAGGGAAGGAGCGAGACGAGGCUGAGAGCUGUCCGGACAAAACUCGCUCGGGACGAGACGAGGGGACACCGGGAGACAUCAUCAUCAUCAUGGAGACUUCGGCGUCAAGAGCUGCUGAGAAAAAGGACAAAAUGGACGGAAACGGUUUCGGAGACCUCCCGAAGAAACCCUCACCCUCGGAGACAAGAGCCCCUCACCACAUCUUCCCCACCUUCCACACGCCAAUCCCGAUUGACAUGCGCCAUCACGAGGGACGAUACCACUACGAUCCUCACACUCUGCACGCCAUGCACAGCCCCGCAGGUUUGGCCGGCAGCCCCGUCAUCUCUGACAUCUCCCUGAUCCGCCUUUCGCCUGCUGCUGUAGCGACCGGUGACUCUCCAUUCAGCCCACCACACCCGUACGUCAACCCUCACAUGGAGCACUACCUGCGCUCUGUGCACGGCAGCCCCACCCUGUCCAUGAUCUCAGCAGCCAGAGGGCUCAGCCCAGCUGACAUUGCCCAUGAGCAUUUGAAAGACCGCGGGCUGUUUGGACUUCCUCCUCCUCCUCCCGGGGCCAGUCCGGCAGAGUAUUACCACCUGAUGGCCAGCCACCGGAGCCCCUACGGCGAGCUCCUCAUGCAAGGGGCCGGGGCAACCGCAGGGGCCCACUUGUCUGACUACAUCACCCCCAUCGACGUGUCUCGGUUCUCCAGCCCCAGACUGACGCCCAGGCUGAGCAGGAAGCGGGCCCUGUCCAUCUCGCCGCUGUCAGACGCCAGCAUCGACCUCCAGACGAUGAUCCGCACCUCGCCGAACUCACUGGUGGCCUACAUCAACAACUCGCGCUCCAGCUCGGCCGCCAGCAGCUCCUACGGACACCUGUCGGUCGGAGGACUCAGCCCGUCCUUCCCCUUCCCUCACCCCAUCAACCCCAUGGCCUACCAGCAGCUCCUCUCCCAGCAGCGGGGGCUCAGCGCCUUCGGACACACUCCACCCCUCAUCCAGCCUCCGCCCACCUUCUCCAGCCGCCAGCCGGGCCUCGGCCUCUCCUCCCUGACCGCCUCUGCCCACAACAGUGACCUGACAUCCAAGAACCCGGGUGGCGACUCAGCCGUCAGCAGCACAGUCGACCCCAUGGUAACCAAAAGGUCGAAGGUCAAGAGUGAAGCAGAGGGACUGAGGCCGUCGUCUCCUUGUUCACCGAACCACCACGGCAGCUUGUUGGACCUGAAGGACGACGUGGACCGGGACGAUUGCAAACAGGAGGCCGAGGCUGUUUAUGAAACCAACUGCCACUGGGAGGGCUGCAGCAAGGAGUACGACACGCAGGACCAGCUUGUCCAUCACAUCAAUAAUGACCACAUCCACGGAGAGAAGAAAGAGUUUGUGUGCCGCUGGGAGGACUGUUCGCGGGAGCAGAAGCCCUUCAAAGCUCAGUACAUGCUGGUGGUUCACAUGCGCCGACACACUGGGGAGAAACCACACAAGUGCACGUUCGAGGGCUGCUCCAAGGCCUACUCUCGUCUGGAGAAUCUUAAAACCCAUCUGCGCUCACACACCGGUGAGAAACCAUACGUUUGCGAGCACGAAGGAUGCAACAAAGCCUUCUCCAACGCCUCGGAUCGAGCCAAACACCAGAACCGGACGCACUCCAACGAGAAACCCUAUGUAUGUAAGAUCCCUGGCUGUACCAAGCGUUACACAGAUCCCAGCUCUCUCAGGAAGCACGUGAAGACGGUCCACGGCCCCGAAGCCCACGUCACCAAGAAGCAGCGCAGCGACCUGCCGCCCAGGCCGCCGGCGCCCAGGGAGAACGGCGAGAACGAUACGGGGCCCAGAGAGAGAAUCCAGAAGGAGGACAAGAUAUCAGACACUGGAUCCCCCAGAGGCGUGGAGGACUACCUGCACGUCAAAUCCAUCAAGACAGAAAGUUCUUUGAUGUAUCAGUCCAGCCCUGGCGGUCAGUCAUCAUGUAGCAGCGAACCAUCACCACUUGGCAGUGCCACCAACAAUGACAGUGGAGUAGAAAUGGCGGCGCACAGCGGGGGAAGCCUGGGGGACCUCAGCACCCUGGACGACCUGCCCUUUGUGGAGUCCUUGGGCUUUGAUGAUUCCACCGGCGGAGUUGCGGCGGUGGGUCUCCACUUCCGAAAGCAGCUUGGCACCAGCCAGCUCCUGGAGCUUCUGAAGAAGGAGAAGCUGAAGACAGUGAGGGACUCGUGUCGGUGGGUCAACAACCCAAUCCCCCCAGUCCUCGGCACAAAGCUCCCACCCAUACCAGCAAGCGGGUCCCUCCUGGAGAGUUCAAGUAUGGAUGGUGGUCCGGUGUCCUUCCCUGGUUCAGGCUUGGAUAAGCUGAGCUCUGGUAAAUCAACUCUGCUGGAAAACCUUUCAGAGCGCCGCGACAGCACCUCCAGCACCCUGAGCUCAGUUUACACCCUCAGCCGCCGCUCCUCAGGCAUCUCCCCCUGCUACUCUAGUCGGCGCUCGAGCCAGGCCUCCCAGUUCGGUGCCAACCGCCCCAGUAACCUCAGCUCUGCUGACUCUUACGACCCCAUCUCUGCCGAUAUCUCACGCCGCUCCAGUCAGGCCAGCCAGUGUGGGGGAAGCAGCGGAGGAGCAGGAGUGUGCAGGGGAGGGGGCCUAGCCAGCCCCCUCAGCCUGACACCAGCCCAGCACUACCGCCUCAAGUUGAAAUAUGCAGCUGCCACUGGGGGUGCACCACCUACCCCUCUUCCAUACAUGGACCAAAUGUUUCUGAAGACCCACACAGCCCUGUACGGUGACCCCCAGGAAUCCUCAACCACCAACAAAGGCGUGGCUUCCAGGCAGUACAACAGUUACACAACAAGGAGUUUGAUGCCACAUGAGGUCCCAUCUAACAUCCCCCGCCGAGCUAGUGACCCUGUGAGACGGGUGACCGUAGAUUCCUUCAGCCAGCCACAAAUGCAGCGCUACAACAGUAUGGGCACACUGAAUGGAGGGGUGACCAUGCAGCCCUAUCCACCUGCUGCAUCAGAUCGCCGUCAUUUAUCCCAGCAAGGCUGCCUGCGAUCAGAUCUACACCGCUACCCUUACAGCCUGCGACCGCCCAGCAUUUCUGAGAACGUCACCAUGGAGACAAUAACAGGUGACAUCCCUGAGGAAGUUCUGAUUCUGCCUGACUUCAACACUGACAACGGAGACACAACCUGCAGAGUGUCAACCAAUCAACAAGAGUUCCAAGGAAACCCCAAUCUCCAGCAGCAGUCGCACUGUCUAAGAAGGAUGGCCGUCGUGAAUACCAACAUCAACCUGCCCCCUCAGGUUUUGGCUUCUCCCAACACGAGUGCAGGGCAGCAACGACAGAAGUGUCCAUCUUCAUCGAGGGACAAUAGAGCCGAUUUACCUGUCUCUUUGGGACUCAUGGAUGUCAGCCAGCACCACUCCAAACUACAGGUCAGAGGGAACCUGGCUGUUCUCCAGCAAAACCAGAACUUUGGAUCCUUUUACAACAAUCUCAGCCAGCAGAUGAUUCAAAACCUCACUAACACAACACAGCAGAGAUGCAAACAGCUGAAUACUGAACCAGGAGCAAACUGCUUCCAGCAGCACAGAUUCCAGCAGUCGUCGAAUCUCAAUGAAGCAAUUAGCUCUCAGUACAUGUUCAACAAAAGCAUCAGUCCCUAUGACAAGAAUGGCAACACCUCCUAUCCAACUUGUAGUAACAAAGCAGCAGUGAACGGGAGCAUGCUCAGCCCCACAUGCAAACAGGAGCCAGUUGACAUGGAGACUGUUGACAUGCACUUUGCUGAUGCUGGAUUUCAGCCUCUGCAAGUUAAAGCUGAGCCCUGUGAUGGUUCUAUCAUGAUUUCAGAUCAGCAGAAUUGUAAUAUGACCUCCCAGAAUCCCUCCCAAACUGGGAAUCAGAGCCAUCUCCAGCCAAGGCCACCAACAGAGCCCAAAUCUCUAAACAGGCACCUUUCAGGGCCUAAGGUGACGCAGCAAACAAGGCACCCAAGUAAUGCAAACCCAGAAGUUGCUUCCAAGUUAUCCAGUAGUGGAGUUUUGGGACUUCAUUGCAGCAACAACUCUGAUGACAAAGCCAUGUACUACACAGGGCAGAUACAAGUAUUUGAGCCAAACGGGAACUUGGACCAUCAUAUUUCUCCUGUGGUGAACAUACCUCCUUUUGAAAAUGAUGCAGCAUGUCCCAGUUCAGGCGACAACCAGACAUCCAGGACUGUAGACUGUAACGCAGCCCUGGAACAGGCGCAGAUAGACUUUGAUAGCAUGCUGGACGAUGGGGAUCACUCCAGCCUGAUGUCAGGAACCCUGAGUCCAGGUCUGCUCCAGAAUUUGUCCCAGAGUUCCUCUCGCCUGACAACACCCAGGAACUCAGUCACGUUGCCCUCGGUGCCGGCAGGGACAGGGAACAUGGCUAUCGGGGAUAUGAGUUCGUUGCUGACUGCUCUGGCAGAGGAGAGCAAGUUCCUCAACUUGAUGUCUUAGUCACAUGUGAUAGAAAACUCCUCUGACAGAAACGUAUUUUCAGACGUUUUGAACUCCUUAUGCACAAAAACAUUCAAACUCCAGACUAAAAUUGAUGUGACUAUGUGCCAAAAAGCCUCUACAGUGUGUGACUAUUGUUUUCUUGUACAGUCUCAUUUGUUAAUUAUUUAAAAUGGCAUUUUCUAUCUUUUUUAAAAGCCAUAUCGUUGUUUUUGCCUUAGGUAGUAAUUAUUAUGUAUAUAACAGAAUUCAGUUGUUGUACAGGUCUGCAGUAAGAUCAGUUUACUAAGUGCCUGGCUCAGCCAAAACAUAUGCAUGUUGUGCAUAUGACUACAUUUUAAAAUGCGUAAAGGCAACCAGGUAAUUAUCUGAUACCCACAUAUUUGGAAUGUAUCAUCCUCACCAACUUGUUUGAAAUGUUUUACACUGUAAAUUACUUGAGCUCAACCUUAUCAUCACGUAGCUCAUUUCUGCUUGAGGAGAGAAAACUGUUAAAUCAUAACCUCUCUUUCUGUAUCACCACGGCAUUUCAAGUUUACAGUCACUGUUCUCAGUGAGCCAUUAUUUGAUUGCUGCAUCGCUGCUGAGAUUAACUGUAACAUCUCAGUGUCAGGCAUCAGAGACUUGAUAUGUGACUGGAAUUACGAACCCAUGGAUUGAAUAAAAAUCGACAGUGCUCUUGCAGCGAGAAGAACAGAAGACUUCAGUGAGUAGCCCUGAAUAUAGAGCAUCU